GAGGCAGGGCCGGAGCAAGGACCCCUCGGGGAAGGAAGGCGGCCCCGGGCAGGGAGGGAGGGAGCCUGGGCUGGCUGGGGCCAUCAUGGGGGUGACCGUGGAGGCCCACAAGGUGUACCGCUACCCCUUCGAGCAGGUGGUGGCCAGUUACCUCCGCAAGUAUCCAAGUCCAAUGGAAAAACAUGUUGUAGCUGUAAAAACAGUAGAAGAGAAAACAGAUUCGUCUACAGGAAUCAUAUACCGAAAAAGGAUUGCCACAUGCCAGAAUGUAAUUCCACACAUUUUGAGAAAGAUCAGUAUCCUAAAAGUAUCUGAGGUCUACUUAGAAGAAGAAUCUUGGCUUAACAUGCAGGAAAGAAUUAUGUCUAUGAAGACUCGCUGUCUCACGUGGACGGAGUAUGCCACUCUAAAAGAAGAGUCAGUCUUCAGGGAAAGCUUAGAGAAUCCAAACUGGACGGAAUUCAUACAGAAAGGAAGGAUAUCAAUAAAAGGAGCAGGGCUGCUGAAUUGUUUCUUGGAGGUUUUUGCACAAACCUUUUUAAAUCAAGGAGUCAAAAGGGGUAUUUCAAUAAUGGAGAAACUUUUGCAAGAACAGUUUGGGAGCCCAUUUUUGUAACAUGGAAAAGAGGAGAAAUCACCAUGCAUUUAAAGUUUAUCCACAGCAAUAGGUUCUUAUUACCAACUCUGCUUCCUGGUGAAGUUAAUUUUGUGUUCAUUUAACAAAGAAAGAAAGACUGAGUGAAAGAAGACAAUGAUCUACAUACUACUUUAAGUAACAUAAAUAGAACGACAUCAUUCUGUUCCCAGGGUGAUAAUGGAGAAAAAAAGUAUAUUUUAAAAAAUGCAUAGUGUGAACUUGUGCUCUAAUCUCCAAAGGUUUAAGUGAUGACAGAAAAAUGGAAGGCCACAAAGCCUUUGUUUCUGUGGAGAGACUUCUGUCAGCCAAAAGGGACAAGUUUUCCUCUUAUUUUAAUGUCUGGUUACACAAGACAGAUAAUCUACUCCAUAGAAAUGAAAUUGAAACUAAGAUAAUAGGUAGUAUGAAUUGAUACUGGAUUGUCAGAAGUUUUCAAGAUAUUUUUAUUUUCAAAAUUCUGCUACUCUGCAGGGGGAAAAUGCUUUAAAAAUCCACCAGUACUAUUCAGGUCUUUCAUGUUUGCCCAUAUAUCCCUGUAAAAUUUGAAUAAUUGCAAAACUGUAUUAACUCUCUGAGUCUGUAAAAGGAAAGAGACUUUAAACAUUUGUUUUUUAAAAAAUAAAAAAUAAACAUUUCUUAAUGUUGUAA